AUGGCUUUGCGGCGAGCGUUGCAGUUCCAGCCGGAGGACUUACCCACGCCGGACAGACCCCAUCGCCGUACUGCAGAAGUGGUGAAGCAAGUCGAGGUUCAUAUUCCGAAGUACAGCCUGCAACACUUUCCACGUACCCUGCCGGCGCAUGCAACACGCACGAAGGACUUGUUCAGGCUCUGGGUCAGGAGGCUCGACCCCGAGGACGUGGCAUACUGUCAGGACUUGGUGCGUGAAAGCACGCUCCUCGAUGGACAAUACGGGUCGAUCUGCAGUGGGAUGGACAUCGCUGCGACGGUCAUGAAGCAGUUCUGGGACUGGGCACGUUUCCACUGGGAGCUGGACUCGCCGGCAUUCACUCACAAGUUCGCCUGCGAGAAGGAGCCCGCCAAACGCCAGUUCCUUUUGACGACGGACAGGAAGAUCGAGCGCAUGUUCUGUAACGCGACGGACCUGGAAUAUGACAAGGAAAUCUGGGACUCGAAAACGAACACGUUCGUGCGCAUGCCACGCUGUACGGUCAUGACGGCGGGCUUCCCAUGUCAGGAUUGUUCUGUCCUGAACCCGUCGUCGUCCACGUCGGCCAACAGAUCCUGCGUUGCCGACGGCACUCUUCGCACUGGCUCCGUGCUGCAGGGCAUCGUUCACUACCUGCAGUCGACGGGCCUCGUCGGACCGAAUUUCUGUUUGUUUGAGAACGUCGCCGGACUGAAGACCAAGACCCGUAACGCCGACGGCAGCACUGGACCCUCCAACCUGGACCAUGUCGGACACUUGAUCAGCACAAAGACAGAUCGUUUGCUGCAUGUCUGGGAGUUGGACCCACGAAUGUUCGGUGUUCCACAAAGUCGAAAGCGGCUGUGGAUGACAGCCAUUCCACGCCGGAUCUUCGAGGGACUCCUUCCAGAACACGAAGUACAAAAGAUGCUGAACAGCAUCAUGGACACACUCCUGGGUCUGAAGGAGAUCUCGGUGUCGGAGUACCUGGUCAACUCGAGGUGCGUGCAUAUGGCGAAGUUCACCACGGAGUACAACAAGAAGUUGCAGCAGCUCCAAACACGACGGGCUCGUCGUCGCCGGGCAGAACGACAAGACUCACAGGUCGAGGAGUCGCAGGACACUCAGUCACAGCCGCAGGACAGACUGGUGGGAGAAUUCCGGCGACAAUCCUUCGCAUCAAGCCGGGCAACAAGUUUCAGCCACCUCAGCACAUGCUCGUCGGGCACCCGGACCCUGAAACGUGAGAAGAUCGUCACCAAGGACUGGUUAAAGAAAUUCCGCCGGGCAGCUCGGACACGGCCGUACCUCAAGUGCAUGACGGCCCGAAAACGCAGGACUUUGUUCAAGCUUGGCGUGAGGAACUUCCCAAGCGAGACUCUUCAGGUCGUCGACAUCUCGCAGGACAAGUUUGCCCACUUAACGAACCACUCGCCGUGCGUGACACCAAAGGGCGAGCGGUACUUGACAUCGGAGUGCCGGUGCAUGCUCCCAUUGGAGUCGUUGCGCUUGCAAGGGGCAUGGUUCACGGAGGACGACACACGACUGGAAAACUUCCCGCAGAGCCUGCUGGCAGAUCUUGCUGGCAAUGCUUUUGAAGCGAGCUGCUUCGCCGCGACGUUUUGGGCCACGCUGGUCUGCUAUGGACGACUCCGUGCCCUUAAUGAGAGCAGCAGGGCAGGUCGUGGUCCCCGUCGUGCACUUGAAGUGCCGGCACUGAGAAGGUACAACACACCGGAGUUCGACUCGCAGGUUCUUUUGGACUUCGAUGAUUCGGAGGACGAGGAGCGGACGGGCACCAAGCACCUGACUGUGCCGAACGGGGCAUACCCGCAAGCGGUAGAUUGGGAUGGCGACGACCACAACGAGCUUAUCCUUCUCCAGUGGGGGCCAGUAAACAAUUGGGACGAUCCACCCGACCCCGAUGCAAGGCACUGCUGGGUCAGGUACUUCAAGCAGCAAAACUGGCAGCUGACGGAACAACUCGGGGAAGCGAAUCCAUUCAGAGAUCUUCGGUUCCAGAUGAAUGUCUGGGAGGUUCGUCCAGCCUUUUCAGUGGUAGACUGGGAUGGAGAUGGCGACUGGGAUUGGUUGCUGCAAGACGACGAGGGCCUCUGGUUCUUGGAGUUCUCUGGAGGCGCGAUUCGAAACAAGUCGGCCAUCUUGCUGUUUGACAGCCUCGGCCAACCAGUACCAGGCGCCCUCUUGGCAGCAAAAGAGUGGCCUUUGUAUCCUUUCGCUGCUGUGGAUUGGGAUCAAGACGGAGAUCUGGAUCUGUUCGUCAGCGAUCCCCACCAACCCGAGCGAGUUGAGAUAUUGUACUUCGAACGAGUCAAUGGUUCUGCCUUGGUGCAAGCCAAUAGUCCGCUGGCCGGUUUCGACGCCACGCAUGUGAAAAACAUGGUUGUGGCAGACUUCGACGCAGAUGGAGCGAUGGAUGUUCUCUUCAGCAAGCAUCGGCCGGAUUUUUGCGAGCGGCCGCUGCUCGGCUUCCUGCAUGGCACGGAGGACGGGAACUUCGAGGACUGGAGUCAGAAUGGUGCGAACCCCUUCCUUGGGAUCGAAGGUUCCGAAGAUGAUGACGAAUAUGGCGACAUCUGCUGGGGUUUCAGUGGCGCUGCCUUGGCAGUCGCGGGCGGGAGCACGAAUGGGUUGUUGGAUCUGCUGGUCGCGACCGGACAAGUUUUCGGGGGGGAGUCCCACAUCUUCGUGUUCUCAUGGCACUUUACGAAGCAGCUGGUGGAGAGAACCGGUGGAUACACUCUCUUCCACAUCGACCGACGCAGGGCGCGCCCUGUGGUUGCAGAUUGGGAUGGAGAUGGCAUGACAGACUUGAUCCUCGGGUCGGUGUCCGGAUCCAUCGAGGUCUUUCCCCGCCGAGUGGACGGCAGCUUGGGUGCGCCGGAAGAAAUCCUCGAUCUGCCGGACGUUCCCGAUGCCCAGCCUGUUGUCAUUGAUUUCAACAACGAUACUCUCAACGAUAUCCUGGUUGUUGAUGGCACGUGGAAGGGAAGCGAGCUUCUCUAUUUCGAGCGCCUGCCGAACGGAAGCCUGGAAGAGAGGUUUCGGCUGAGACCCAAUUGGACACUCUGCUCUACAGUAGCUGUCGCAGACUGGAACAACGAUGGCUAUUUGGAUGUCCUCCUGCCCUGCAGCAACGACACUGCUUCAUCACUGUUGGUGUGGCAGUUCUUUCAGCAGCUUCCCAAUGGCUCCUUCCAGCAGCGUACAGCGCCCAUAGCUGAUUUGCACGAUGUCUCCAUCGGCCUCUAUUAUGUGUAUUUGCAGGCAAUCGACAUGAACUCGGACGGGACGAUGGACCUGAUGAUGAUGGACGGUUCGGCUUGGCGGCUGUUUCUAUCGCAGCCAGAUGGACAGUUGCUGGAAGUGAAUGUCAGCGAGUCGAUUGAUCUUGUCAGAGAGCUGCCGCACUUGUACGCUGGAGAGAGCUUUUUCUUGGCGGAUUGGGACUCGGAUGGCGAUGUGGACCUCUUGACCGGUGCCCUCGAUGAAGGGGAAGGAGGGCGUGCAGUUCGCCACUUUGACAACGGAUAUUGUCGACUAGAGCAACCCUGCACCGGCCGUGGUGCCUGUGGCUACUCCUCCGGCAAGUGCAUGUGCUUCGCCGGGCACUCCCUCUCUGACUGUUCCGCAUGCAGCAAGGGAUACCUUGAUCCAGCGAAGGUCAACGUUGGAAUCCCAGCAAUUGAGCACAUCAGGAAGUGUUUGGCCUGUCCGGGUGUGCCUGACACUUCGCCGUGCUCUGGUCGCGGUUUCUGCAGUGACGAUGUCUCAGCGAGAGGCAAACAUACGAACAAUGGAACCCGCGCGACCGUCUACGGGGACGGCACUUGCAAUUGCUCCGCCCCCUUCUCCGGCGAGAUGUGUGAGGUCGGCCUCUGCUUGCCGGGCCACAAGUAUGUGCAGGGAUCCGUCCUGCGCUGUGAGCCUUGUGAUCCAGGGUCUUUUGUUGAGAAGCACAGCCUGCAGCGCUACUGCAACAGCUGCCAGAGAAACACCUAUGCCAGUGCUCCUGGUAGUAGUCGAUGCCUUCCGUGUGAAGCCUUCUGGUGGCGGAUGGCGGUGACGGCAGAUAAAACCCGCUGCCAUGCAUCCUUCAUGAACGUGUUUGCCUCUGGCACUGUCCUCCUGCUGUCAUUCCUGUUCUUCGCCGUACUCUCACACUUGGCAUGUUGUUCCAUGCCCGUCGAGGACGUGCGGUUGAAGGAUGGCAUCCUCUCUCUGUCCACCCGUGGACGUCACUGGCUACUGCGGCCUGCCAGAGUUUUCUUCGAAGACACCGGGCACCCUCUCCUCGAUGGCAAGACGACCUACCUCGUAGAGGUGCAGAAUGACCGGGAGCUCACCUUGUGCGACUCACAAGGUGUCCCACUGGCGCUCGCAGCCGAUGCGUCCCAGGGCACCUGCCAAAUACACCGUGGCGACAACCUGCUGCGAAGGGGUGUCUUCGGAGUUCCUUUCCUCCUGUGCCUUUGGCUGCUUUCGAUCCUCUUGGCGACCACCUUCUUCCUCCUGGGCGUCGUAGCUUUCGAUGCAAUCAUGGCCCUGACAGGUCUGCUUCUCGCCGCCUUGGUCCACAGGUGGACCCACCCGACCACCUGUGAUUUGACUCGAGAUCGCAAACUCUUUGCUGCACGGCUGCGCUUCCACCGACCUUUUCCUUGCCCCAAAGGCCCAGAAAGAGGACUUGGAUUGGGCAAAAUUCAAGAUCUUUACGAUUUCUUCAGCGCCUACAUCGGUCAUCAGAGGAACAUGUACUACCUGUGCAGCAACAUCGUCAAGCCAUUGACUGCCCGAGACCGGUUGUCCUACGCAGAGUUGGCUGGGCCCUCCCCAGUGUCCUGGUUCGUUUCUCAUUACUGGGGCAUGCCAUUCCAGCACUUCGUCGAGUGCUUGAAGGGGCACGCUGCGGACCGGACGACAAGCUACUGGAUCUGCACUUUCGCAAACAACCAGUGGAAGGUGACCGAAGAGCUGGGUGAAGAGGUGCAGUGUUCGUCCUUCUACCUGGCUUUGCGGAGCAGUUCGUGUCAGGGCACCUUGGUGGUGCUCGAUGAGGAGGUGCUACCCUUGACGAGGUCCUGGUGUCUCUUUGAGCUCUUCCAGACCGAGAUGCUCAGCAGAGAAGGACGCGACUUCCAGGGACUCCUCCUUGGAACUUCCACGGGUGUCAUGAACUACGGCCAGAGCAGCGUCGAUCUUGCAUUGAAGAUCAGCAAGAAACUGUCCACCUUGCGCCUCCAAGAUGCCCAGGCUAGCUGUCCCCACGACAAGCGCAUCAUUGACGAAGCAGUGGCGAAUCACCCAGGUGGCUUCGAAGCUGUUAAUUCCUUCCUCAUCGAGUCGGUACAGGCCGCGCUACACCAGACGGAAGUGCGCUUCCGAGAAGAUUUUGCUCGCUUGCAUCAGGACCUCAGUCGAGCUCGAUUUGAAGCCGGAGCGAAUCAAACAGAAGCCAGCACGGCAUUGCCACACCCAUCGCAUCAGGUCAUCGGGAUUCCGGUACUUCGGAAUUUGUUCUGCAGGGCUUUGGGGGUUUAG